CCACCGUUCGUUGUUCUAAGGGGUUUGCUGCUGCUUGUGAGACAAUUAUUGCAUUAUCAGCCCUUACCAACACAGUGAUCUCAAGUGAUGCGUUUUAGGAGCUAAGGAGCAAUUAAACACGUUCAAAGAGGCAAUCGCAAUUUUUCGGUGUGUACGUGCUCGUCCCUUGGGGUACUUUAAACGGUGUACGGGUAGUGGCCCGUUUGUGUGCGCAGUAACCAAAGGUUACUAAAAAAGUAUUCGCAGGUGUGUCAAGCUGCUGUUGUUAGGUUGUUAGGGAAACGGGGUCUAAUUAUUACCCGUUUGAUGGUUACAGACAGUGACGGAAAAAAAGUGCUUCAAGCUUUAAAAAAUGAUACCACGAAUCUGGCAGGCGAUCCUGCUACUCCACUGCGCAGUGCAGUUGAUCGCUGCGCAACGCAGCACGUGCUGCGAGUCGUACUGCUACAACGAUGAUCCCGAGCGCAAGCAGGUGAAGCAUUUUGCCACCAAAACGAUGUACGAGCUGGUACGCGCACCGGACACGGAUCGACAGCAUAUUGUGCCGAACUGUGUACCGGUGAAAUUUUGGCUGCUCAGUCGCCACGGCACGAGACUACCGGGAAAGAGCGAAAUCAAUGAGUUGCCGAAGCAGUUGAAAUUGCUACAAGACGCGAUCAUGGAUAAUUACUUUACGCGCCGCACACCGCCCGACAAUGGCCGCAUGUGUGAGGAGGAUUUGGAGCUGCUGCGGCAGUGGCACUGGGAUCCGAACAUAACCGAGCAGUACGAUUCGUUUCUCACCGACCAGGGCUGGGAGGAUCUGAAGUACAUUGCACUGCGGGCGAAGGAGAAGUACUGGCAGGUGUUUGGCAGCGGCUACCAGCCGGCCAAGUUUAUGUUCCGCCACACGAAAACGCAGCGCACGGAGGCAAGCUUCAAAGCGUUCGUGGAGGGGCUGUUCGGCCGGGAGGAGGCGCAGCGCGUGAAACCGACGCCCGCGACGGAACCGGACCGCCUGCUCAAACCGUACGACGACUGUCCGGACUUUGACGCGAACAAGGAUCGGAACAAGCGGGACGAAAACUCGGAGGUGAACAAAUUCCUUCGCUCGGCCCUGUUUACCGGCACGGUGUGGGACAUUUCGCAGCGGCUCGGCUUCCGGCACAAUCUGAGCGUGGAGCAGGUGGAGACGUUGUGGGAUGCGUGCCGGUAUGAGCAGGCGUGGAAGAUUUCCCGCCCCAGUCCGUUUUGUGCCGCCUUCACGGAGGAUCAGGUGCGGGUGCUGGAGUACAAGGAAGAUCUGGCGUACUACUACCGCCAGAGCUAUGGAUAUGGGCCGAGUACGGAGCUUGCCUGCCACGCUAUGGCGGAUAUGCUGCUGCAACUGUCGUCCCGCGAUGAUCCAUCGGUGGUAGCGUACUUUACGCACGAUACGGAGAUACAGCUCUUCCUGGCCGCGCUCGGGGCGAAGCGUGACGAGAUGCCGUUGCGGGCGGACAAUUUUCCGUUCAUGCGCAACCGAAAGUACACGACGAGUGAUAUUCCGUUCGCGGCGAACGUUGCUGCGGUGAAGUAUCAGUGUGCCGAGCAGCGCGAACCUGAAAGGGUGAUAUUUUUCCUCAACGAAAAACCGCUCAUGCUUGACUGGUGCAGCGUGGGACUGUGCAACUGGUCGGACGUUAAGCAGAAGUACCAAAGAUUCACCGAGGGCAAUUGCGAUCGGACGUACUGCCAGAGCAACGGGGCAGCUGGGAUGCAUUUAGCCGGCCGCAUCGCUUUUGGCGUUGCCCCUCUACUACUGUUGGCCGUGCUGCGACGGUUGACCUCCCUGCACUAAAGUAUUAUCUUGUAACACGUGGGGCAAAAGUGAAACCUAUUGUUAAGCAGUUUAUAAACGUUUGUCAUCGGUUGGGCGUGUGAAUUUAAACAUACAUAUGAGAGAAAAUGUAUGCUUUCUUUAACAACACA